AUGGUAGCAAGGUCCCCUCAGAUUUUCACAUAGCCGGGCUCCUGGAAUCAGACGUCUAACGGCAGUGAGGACGGGCAAGAGGGAAGAUGAUUAAACGGGGGGAUCUUGUCCACGCAGGAAUGUUGCUUCUGACCGUGUGGCUGCAGAUGGAGGCAGCUGCUGCAGCAGGCCUGCUGAAAGCUGACCUCGCCCAGGACGGAAGCAGCGACACGAACACCAUCAGCCACUCCCAAGCCCUGGUGCAGCGCCUGGAGGCCCUGCUGGUUCAGGGGAAUGGAAGUGAUGUGUCCCUGCGUGUGGAGACGCCCAAUGCAGACGAGGUGAAAGUGAUCCAAGCCCACUCCCUGGUGCUCUCCCUGCAGAGCCCGGUGUUCGAGGAGAUGCUGCUGAGCCGCAACAGCAGCACCGUGGUGCUUAGAGAGAGCUCCGACUGUGCCGCUGUGUUCGACAGGUUCAUCAGAUAUCUGUAUUGCGGAGACAUUUCGCUUCGUCUCGACCAGGCCACACCUCUGCACAAGCUGGCCACCAAGUACCAAGUGCAGAGUCUCCAGCAGGGUGUCACCCUCUACAUGACCCAGAAUAUGGCCAGACACUCCCCUUCAGGUCAUGUGGCAGGCUGGUACGAAUAUGCCCUGCAAGCGGGGGACGUUGUGCUGAGGGAUAGCUGUCUGCAGUACCUGGCCUGGAACCUUUCAGUAGUGCUGCAGAGCGGGGAGUGGGUGACAAUUAGCAGCGAGCUGCUCAUGACGCUGCUGCAGCGCUCCGACCUCGUCCUGCAGAGCGAAGUGGAACUCUUUGCGGCUCUUGAGGCCUGGAUUAUAAAGAAUGAGCCUGAUGGUUUGACGGCAGAGAACGCGUUAAGAGCUAUACGUUAUGCCAUGAUGUCCCCUAGGGAGCUGUUCCGCCUGCAGACCCAGUCUAGAGUCCUGGCUCACUAUCAGGAGUCAGUCCGUGACCUGCUCUACAUGUCCUACCAGUUUCACUCGGCAUCGCCGCUACAGAUGGCCAAAUACUUUGACGUGAACUGUAGCCUCUUUGUCCCGAGGAACUACCUGUCUACAGUGUGGGGUUCGCCUUGGAUCAUCAACAAUCCAACGCGAGAUGACCGCAGCACCAGCUUCCAAACCCAGCUGGGGCCCAGCAGCCACGAUGCCAGCAAACGAGUGACCUGGAACGCCUUGUUUUCGCCGCGCUGGUUGCCCCUCAGCAUGAGGCCGAUGUACACAGAGACUGGCGCCAUGCAGCCGACACGUGUGGAAGGAGGGCGCCCUCGCAUCAUCAUCACUCCAGCCACAUCCAGCGCAGACUUUGCCGGAGUGAAUUUCCAGAAGACGGUUCUUGUGAUGGCUCAGCAGCACGGUAGGCUGGUCGUCAAGCACGUGUACAACUUCCACCAGAGCACCGAGGAAAACGGUGACUUCUUGGCCGAAGCCAAUCUGUAUCGACGCACGUCCGAUUACCUCAUCGACAGCUCCCUCUUCCUCCAUGUCGUGGUGAAACCAUUAUACCAAACCCUCAUCACCGCCAAGAACUGACUCCCGCUAUUUGACCAAUCCAGCCUUCACUCAUAUCUGAAUACUGGUCAGGUCUCUUUUUCGUUUUCUUUGGGCAACUAAGAUUUUGAGUGUUCUUUUCUGGUGGCAAGUUUCUAGAGGAAAAUCAUGGAUACACAUGUCGUAGCUUGGUGCUAUAUUCAGUUUUCGUACUGUCAGAAAUUUACAAAUCCAAAUUCAUCCCAAUAGCCUGCAUAACAACCUUAAAAAAGAUACCAAUGUGGUUCAAAAGUUUGAAAAUUUCAUGAUUUUGUUGUGAAUUAUUGAGAGUGGGAAGAACAAAGAACAUUCAGCAAGGUAAAUACUACUUGUUAUGGUGCUAUUCACUCAGUCUGGGCUUGCACACAAUUACCAUUGAUAAAAUGAUUUGUUCUUCAAAGGUAUUUAAAAAUACAAUUUUUUGAACGUUGAAGGAAAUUUAGCUGAUAAGAUCUCAGCAGGUAUGACAACUGUGAAAUGUGGUUUUCCUGAAGAAAUUAUUAGGACCAGGCAAAAAAUUACAAGUAUUUGCAUUUCAUACCAAUGGAUCAUACAGAGGUUAUAAAUGAUCUUCAUUUACUAAGACCACAUUUUUGAUAAAUAAAUCAUUAAAUUAUUGCUAACUGGGAAACAAAUAUUGAUCCCAAGAAUAGAUCUUUCUCUUUAAUUUAAUUUCUUUAUUUCUUUUACCCUCCAGUAAAAAACAGUAGAUAUCCCAACACUUACACACUUAGUUUAUUAAGGGUAUGAUUAUUUGUGUAUAGAUUCAUGUUACCUAUUAAUAAAGACUUUUAUGGUUUUGUGA